CAGAGAGCAAAAAAAAAAAAAAAACCCUAGGAAUUUCCUGAAAAUCUUAUCCGGUUCAAUUCUCUAAUUUUCCCACCACACAAGGCGAGAAUUGAGAGGCUGUUUAACCAGCAUGUACUGGUUAGCAACGCGGAACGCCGUCGUUUCAAUCCCUAGAUGGCGUUCUCUUGCCCUUCUCCUCCGUUCCCCUCUCAACAAAUACGCCUCCUUUAAGCCCUCAUCGCUUCCCCUGGACAACAGUGGAAGACAGUUUGGGCAGAUACAUUGUUUCAAAGAUAAGAAGAUUUUGAGAGAAACCACCAAAGUUACUAGGAAAUUUAAGGCGCCCAAUAAGGCCAUAGAUGAUAAGGAUCUUUCUCACAUAAUUUGGUGGAAAGAGAGACUGCAGCUGUGUCAGAAACCUUCCACUCUCAAUUUGGUUAAGAGGCUUGUGUAUAGCAAUUUGCUUGGUGUGGAUGUUAACCUGAAAAAUGGCAGUUUGAAAGAAGGAACACUCAAUUGCGAGAUUUUGCAGUUCAAGUCAAAGUUUCCACGUGAAGUUUUGCUCUGCAGGGUUGGGGAUUUUUAUGAAGCCCUUGGAAUAGAUGCUUGCAUUCUUGUUGAAUAUGCUGGUUUGAAUCCUUUUGGUGGUUUGCGUUCAGAUAGUAUUCCAAGAGCUGGCUGCCCUGUUGUGAAUCUUCGACAAACUUUGGAUGACCUAACACGAAAUGGUUAUUCAGUGUGCAUUGUGGAGGAAGUUCAAGGUCCAACACAAGCUCGUUCUCGUAAAGGACGUUUUAUAUCUGGGCAUGCACAUCCGGGUAGUCCUUAUGUAUUUGGACUUGUUGGGGUUGAUCAUGAUCUUGAUUUUCCAGAACCAAUGCCCGUUGUUGGUAUAUCUCGUUCAGCAAGGGGAUAUUGCAUAACUCUGGUUUUAGAGACUAUGAAGACAUAUUCUUCAGAGGAUGGUCUUACUGAAGAAGCAUUGGUAACCAAGCUGCGAACGUGUAGAUACCAUCACCUGUUUCUGCAUUCAUCGUUGAGAGACAAUUCUUCAGGAACUUGUCGUUGGGGUGAAUUUGGUGCAGGAGGCCUGUUGUGGGGAGAAUGCACUACCAGACAUUUUGAAUGGUUUGAAGGCAGUCCUGUCACUGAGCUGUUACAUAAGGUAAAGGAGCUUUAUGGGCUUGAUGAUGGGGUUACUUUCAGAAAUGUCACUGUUCCUUCAGAGAGUAGACCCCGUCCUUUACACCUAGGAACAGCAACGCAGAUUGGUGCCAUCCCAACAGAGGGAAUACCUUGUUUAUUGAAGGUGCUGCUGCCAUUAAAUUGCACUGGGCUACCUGCUCUGUAUAUUAGAGAUCUUCUGCUUAAUCCUCCUGCUUAUGAAAUUGCAUCUACAAUUCAAGCAACUUGCAAACUUAUGAGCAGUAUCAAAUGCUCAAUCCCCGAGUUUACUUGUGUCUCAUCUGCAAAGCUUGUGAAGCUACUUGAACUAAGGGAGGCCAACCAUAUCGAGUUUUGUAGAAUAAAAAAUGUUGUUGAUGAAAUACUGCACAUGCAUAGAAGCACGGACCUCAAAGAAAUUCUGAAAUUAUUGAUGGAUCCUGCAUGGGUGGCUACUGGGUUGAAGAUUGACUUUGAGACACUGGUUAAUGAGUGUGAAUGGGUUUCAGAGAGAAUUGGUCAAAUGAUUUUUCUGGAUGGUGAAAAUGAUCAAAAAAUAAGUUCUUACGCCAAUAUUCCUGGUGAAUUUUUUGAGGACAUGGAAUCUUCAUGGAAAGGUCGAGUCAAGAAGAUCCAUAUAGAAGAAGAAGUUGCAGAAGUUGAAAGGGCAGCUGAGGCCUUAUCUUUAGUGGUUACUGAAGAUUUUCUCCCCAUUGUCUCAAGAAUAAAAGCGACCUCAGCUCCUCUUGGUGGCCCAAAGGGAGAAAUAUUAUAUGCUCGAGAGCAUGAAGCUGUUUGGUUUAAGGGCAAACGGUUUGCACCAGCUGUAUGGGCUGGUACUCCUGGCGAAGAACAAAUUAAACAGCUUAAGCCUGCUUUAGAUUCAAAAGGUAGAAAGGUUGGAGAGGAAUGGUUUACCACAAUGAAGGUGGAGAAUGCUUUAACGAGGUACCAUGAUACUGGUGCCAAGGCAAAGGCAAGGGUUCUGGAAUUGUUAAGAGGACUUUCUACUGAGUUACAAACUAAGAUAAACAUCCUUGUCUUUGCUUCUAUGCUGCUUGUUAUUGCAAAGGCAUUAUUUGCUCAUGUGAGUGAGGGGAGAAGAAGGAAAUGGGUUUUCCCUACACUUACAGGAUUCAGUAGUUCUAAGGGUGGAGAAUCAUUGGAUGAAACAAAAGGAAUGAAGAUAAUUGGCUUGACCCCAUAUUGGUUUGACAUGUCAGAAGGCUGUGCUGUGCUUAAUACAGUUGAAAUGCAAUCAUUGUUUCUUUUGACAGGACCAAAUGGGGGUGGUAAAUCAAGUUUGCUUCGAUCAAUUUGUGCAGCUGCAUUACUUGGAAUAUGUGGAUUUAUGGUUCCUGCUGAAUCAGCUUUAAUUCCUCAAUUUGAUUCAGUAAUGCUUCACAUGAAGUCAUAUGAUAGCCCAGCUGAUGGGAAAAGUUCAUUUCAGGUAGAAAUGUCAGAGCUCCGAUCCAUCAUUAGUGGAGCCACUUCAAGGAGUCUUGUGCUAGUAGAUGAAAUUUGCCGAGGGACAGAAACGGCGAAAGGGACUUGCAUUGCUGGUAGCAUCGUUGAGACUCUCGAUGAAAUUGGCUGUCUAGGUAUCAUAUCCACUCACUUGCAUGGAAUUUUUACUUUGCCACUUCGUACCAAAAACACCAUAUAUAAAGCAAUGGGUACAGAAUAUGUUGAUGGGCAAACAAAACCAACUUGGAAGUUGGUAGAUGGGAUCUGUAGAGAAAGCCUUGCAUUUGAAACAGCAAAGAAGGAAGGAGUUGCUGAGACAAUAAUACAAAGAGCUGAAGAACUUUAUUCCUCAGUCUAUCCAAAAGCAUUAUCUUCUGGAAGAUUUAACACACAACUGGCACAGGUUGGUUCUGAAGGCGCCCAACUUCUAUCAAAUAGGACUCAAGCAGCAUCUCUCUGUCAUAAGAGUAAGCCAACAAACAGAAUGGAAGUCUUACAGAAGGAAGUUGAGAGUGCUGUUACCUUAAUAUGUCAGAAGAAGCUAAUGGAGCUCUAUAGGCAGAGAAACACAUUGGAACUUCCAGUCUUGAACUCUGUUGCUAUUGCUGCUAGGGAACAGCCUCCUCCUUCAACUAUAGGUGCUUCUUGCUUGUAUGUCAUGUUCAGGCCUGAUAAGAAACUAUAUAUUGGAGAGACGGAUGAUCUUGAUGGUCGAGUUCGUUCUCAUCGUUCGAAGGAAGGGAUGCAAAAUGCAACCUUCCUUUAUUUCAUUGUCCCAGGGAAGAGUAUUGCCCGCCAACUAGAAACUCUCCUCAUCAACCAACUCUCAAGUCAAGGCUUCCCACUCACCAAUCUGGCCGAUGGCAAGCAUCAGAAUUUUGGCACAUCCAGUCUCUCAUUAGGCAGCAUAACUGUCGCCUAAUGAGUUAAAAAGGAACCAUGGUUCAUGUUUCCAUCAAAUGUAAAUGUAAUUUUUGUGACAACAACAGAUUUCGAAUCCAUGUAACAGUGGCUGCAGCAAUUUUGCUUUUGAUUUCAGUUGCUCCACUUACUGUGUUGUACAUGCAAUCACCCAUGUAGCAAAGGGUAAAAUUUUGUAAUUAGAACUUAUCAGCAUGUAUCUAUGAGUCCAUUUUGAGGUGUA